GCUGCUUCCAAAAGCCAAUCAAUCAUACAAGUCGAAGUAGAACUAACCAACCAAGGCAAGAGGCAGCUAGCACUCUCCACUGUGUGAGACUCCGUAAGGCCACCGGCUUGCGCUCCUGCUCUGCACCCUCCGCACCAGCUCCGCAAUCAUGCCUCGCCCGGCCCUCCUCCAGGGACUCCUGGUCGCCGCCGCGGUCCUGGCCAUGGCGGCCGCGUCGCCGGCGAACAGCGAGGCCGCGGCGAGCGACUUCAUCCGCAAGUCGUGCCGCGACACGCAGUACCCGUCGGUGUGCGUGCAGAGCCUGGCGUCGUACGGCGGGUCCCCGCCGCCGCGGAGCCCGCGGGAGCUGGCGCGCGCGGCGCUGUCGGUGAGCGCGGACCGCGCGCGCGCGGCGUCGGCGUACGUGGGGCGGCUGUGCGGCGGCGGCGGCGCGGCGGCGAGGAAGGGCGCGCGGAAGGGCACGGCGGGCGCGGUGCGCGACUGCCUGGAGAACCUGGCGGACAGCGUGGGGCACCUCCGCGACGCGGCGCAGGAGAUGGGCGGCGCCGGGAUGGGGGGGCGCGCGGGGUCGGCGGCGUUCAAGUGGCACCUGAGCAACGUGCGGACCUGGUGCAGCGCGGCGCUCACCGACGAGAACACCUGCCUGGACGGGCUCGCCGGCCGCGGCGUGGACGCCAAGACGCGCGCCGCCAUCCGCGGCAGGGUCGUCGAGGUCGCGCAGGUCACCAGCAACGCGCUCGCCCUCGUCAACAAGGUCGGGCCUGCAGGGUACUAGCCCAGGCCCAGGCCCUGGCCCUGGCUGCAGCAAGCAUACAAGGUCUUGGCUCCACGAUGUUCACCUCACCUCACCUGAUGGAUGCUGUGUGUUGUGCGUCGCUUAACUAGUUCAGUUCCCCUGCGUUCCCCACCUAUGCUAUGUUAUGCUUGUGUAAGAUACUAAGAUAUAAGUAUAUAGUUAAGGGCGCAAGAUAAAACUUAAUUUGGUGACCAGAACCACUAGUAUGUAUGCUAAGAUCGAUACAGUAUAUUGUUCCUCCCCGUGACAAAUAAGCAAGUGUCAUGGACCUCCGAAACCUAAAUUCAAUUGGUAAAUUCUCA